AUGGACUCACCCGCCUCAGACCUGUCCGACUAUGCCUCCGACGACUUCCCCGACGAGGUCAAGGGCCGCCGGCUCAGCAACCAGCCCACGCCCGACGCGCCCGAGCGACCCAGCAAGCGUCUGCGCCUGAACAAGCGCGCGCCGUCGUCGCCGCCGCCGGCUGCCCAUGCCAUACCGCCGGCGACGCUCGAGGACCUGGGCGCACUCAGCGAAGACACGGACGGCAGCGUGCCAGCGUCGCCUAACCACCACCCGGGCAUGUCGCAGGACGACGACUUCGGACAGGAACAGGUGACGGCGUGCAAGUGGGAGGGCUGCGACGCGGGCGACCUGGACAACAUGGACCAGCUGGUCGAGCACCUGCACGACGACCACAUUGGCACGCGCCAGAAAAAGUACAGCUGCGAGUGGUCCGACUGCACGCGCAAGGGCAUCCCGCAUGCGAGCGGCUAUGCGCUGCGCGCACACAUGCGCAGCCACACGCGCGAGAAGCCCUUCUACUGCACCCUGCCCGAAUGCGACCGCAGCUUCACCCGCUCUGACGCGCUGGCCAAGCACAUGCGCACCGUCCACGAGACCGAGGCACUGCGCCCGUCCGACCCCGUGCCGAAGCACCACUCGUCCAACCCGCUCAACAAGUUCCAGCGCAUCAAGCUCGUGCUCUCCAACGAAGCCAGGCCGUCCUCGGACUCCAAGGCCAGCACCCCCGCCUCGCCCUCGUCGCUGCACCCGCCGCCCGCCGCCACACUGCCCCCAGCCCUCGCCGCCACACUGGCCCCAGCCCCCGCCGCCACACUGCACCCGGCCCCCGCCGACGCCGCCCACGCCGCCAACAACGUCACAUACAUCCAGGACCUGGCCAGCCCGGGCGCACCCGUCAUGGUCCAGUUCCCGCCCGACAUCUCCCUGACGCAGGCCGAGCUGGCACUCCCCGCAGACCAGCUCUUCCACGCCCUGCGGCGCACCCUGCAGUUCGCCACCGACGAGGGCGAGGCGCUGCGCCGCGACGCCGACGCCCUGGAGAAGACGCGCAAGCUCGAGUGGGACCGCAAACAGCUCCUGCUCGAGAACUACAUGGAGAUGCAGCUCGCCACGGCGAAGCGGCAUCGCCUGGACCGCGGCGACGAGCAGCUCAAUGGCCUCGACGCCGCCGAGCGCGAUGUCCGCACCCUGCACGUCACGCCCAUCGACGGCAAGCUGCCGUGGUGGCGGGAGGACCCUUGGGAGAGCAUCCUGGCGGGGAGACCCACCUAG